AUGAAGAUUUGCAAUGACUCACCGCCAUAUCAGAGUAAGAUCAGGAGGCUGCUCGCAGAGUACGUGAAACCCUGCACUCGUGAGGAGGAGUGCUAUGCUCCCUUCGUGAAUACCUUCAAUCAUGCUUUGAAGGAGAUGAAGGAGUGCUCGCUCCCGUUGUUACGCGAGAUCAACAAGAAGGAGGAUCUGGAUAUCAUGUUUCAUAGAAAUGACCCUAAGGACCUCACUGGGAUCCAUGGUGGCCUCAAGACCUUGGGCUGUCCAGACGUCGUGUUGGUUGCACACGGGUCUGCUUUCCGGGCGGCCGGGGACUCCGCACGUGUCCCCAGCAUGCCCUGGGAUGAUUUGGCAUUCAAGGUCGCACUGGAAAAACCGUACGAGAGUUUUCGCUGGGCAGAUUGUCUUUCAUGCCAAGAAUUUAAGCGUCAUAAGGAUCCAUCGGGUACACUUCCGCACGAGUACACCGAUACGUUCACGUUAAGCAUUACACCUCUCUCCAAUUUGGAUCAAGAACACCCUAACGAGGAUGGGGUAUGGCGAAAGGAUUUUGCCGCGGUCAGGCCGAGCUCAUCGUCAUCUCAGCAUCUUAAUACUCCAAGGAAGUCCAUUACCAAAUGUAAAUCUCCUGAUCAAUCGGGUGGCAGCAUGUCUAAGAAGCCCAAAGUGGAGGGUGAGAAGGAGCUUCCUCCUAUCGUCCAGUGUGGUAUCUAUGGCGCAGAAAUGCUGAUGCGCGGCCCCUAUGCCGCUCACGCAAUCAACCUCUUGAUUAUCGAUAAUUGUGUGUGGGUUUGGUGGUAUGAUCGACAGGGUGCAAUCCAGUCUAGCGGGGUUAACUUUGUUACGGAUCUUCCCUAUUUCCUUGUCCUUCUUGCCGUCUUCCAACGCUUCACAUUGAAGGACUGGGGCAUCGAGACGAGCCUCAUGAAUGAAGCUGAGAAACAUCACCGAAGGAUAAUCAGUUCUGCAGGCAAAUAUUUGGCUGAGGAGCAUCCGCAUCAUGAUCGUCAGAGCCUGUAUAUGACCGCUAUAGCUUGCUUGGCCGAGAUCUACUGGCCGGAGAUAGAGCGGAGGAGUGAAGUUGACAUACUGAAAGUGAUCGAAGCGAAGAGCGAAGGGGACGAUCUCGUUAGGGGGCAUAUUCCUUUUCUAGUGGAUUCGCAAGAUUUGGCUUACUCUACGGGGACCAUUCGCGACGAAAUUUCUCUACUCGGCGAGCUCCGCAGGGAGGGAGGGAACGUUGUGAGCAGCCCACGCCUCCUCCGCGUUAUCCUGUUGCGCAAGCUUGAACCGAUUGAGAACUUGAAAGGUGUCCUUUUUGUACGUGCGUGGAUAGACUGCUAUCGUUGUCAUUUCCGACUCUGGUUGCACGGCGUCGAGCAUGGCGACAUCAGUCUAUACAACCUCAUGUACAACCCGGACACCAAACGUGGCGUACUUAAUGACUUCGACCUCACAGUUAUUCGCGAAGGAUCUGAAGAGCGCAAGCCUACUGGGAAAGAGUGCACGGGAACGGUCCCCUUCAUGGCGUUGGAUCUCCUGAUGCCGGACUACUACAGCGGCAAGAUCACUCGCCUUUACCGCCACGAUCUCGAGUCGUUCGUGUGGGUACUCCCCUUCGUCCUCUUGCGCAAUUACAGCACCGAUCAAGAUACCCAGCUGAACACUUGGUGCACAAGGGCCCUACGUGCUUGCGAAGCUGUUUGGAAAGGAAUUGGGCUUGGUGGCUUUAACUGGCUCAUCAAGCUCACGAUGCAUAAGAAAGAGGACACAGAGCUGUGGUACGGUUCUUCUGAGGACUCAGCCCGCAAGAUGCUCAAGAUGUUUGAGGAAAAGAUUACGACAUCCUUGGGUACUCAUCCUGUUGCUGAAUUUCACUUUGACCCACUUUCUGAAGUUCAGUUGCGUCUGUAG